CACCCAAAUGAAAUCUAAACCAAUCAAAAUGUCAAUACUUUCACAAAAAACGAUUGAAACAAAUUUAUUUUCAAAAAAGAUCUAUCGAAAAGAAAUCUCAAUUCGAUCAUCUCUCUGUUUCAUCCAAUGAAAUUCCUUCCGAAUCCAGUAACCUUCCCCUUCACUUAUAAACCACUCGAUUACAAACCUUUGAGACCCAUCAAAGUCUCCGUCCAGACUCCUCCGCCGGACUUCGACUUCCGCAACGAGGUCGCGUCAGACUCACGCGCCGCAAUCGCCAGAACUUUCCCGGAGCUGCUCGACCUCGCCGAUAACGGGACACUGAUCCUGGUCCAGAAGCAGAGUUUCGGCCCAACUCCGGCCUGGCGCAAGGAGUUCGUCGAGCCGGAGUCGAUUUGGCUCGUUGGCACUUCCCAUAUCUCGCCGGAGUCUGCCUCCGACGUUGAACGCGUCGUUCGCACUGUGAAGCCAGAUAAUGUCGCCGUCGAGCUCUGUCGCAGCAGAGCUGGGAUUAUGUACACUUCAAGUGUCGGAGAAGAUGACCAAAACCUAAAAUCCGGAGUGUUGUCAUUGACCGGAACAGGCUUUCUCGGUGCUGUUGGCCGGAGCUUAGAUUUGGGAGGCCAAACUGCUUUGGCCUUGCGACUUCUCUUGGCGGUUUUCUCUUCCAAGUUAUCUUCUGUUGCUGACCGCCCUUUCGGCGAUGAGUUUCGUGCUGCUCGGAUAGCGUCUGAGGAAGUUGGUGCACAGCUGGUUCUUGGAGACAGACCAAUCGAAAUAACACUUCAAAGGGCGUGGAACUCGUUGAAAUGGGGAGAGAAGCUUAAUCUGGUGAUGGCUGUGACUCGAGCAAUCACAUCGUCCUCCGGUAUAUCUGCAGCAGAGCUUAAGGAACAAGAGAGAGAUGAAAGCAAUGGAAGUCUGCAGCUUUACGAACGGCUAAGUUUCUCGUUCCCAUCUCUCUUACUGCCACUGAUACACGAAAGAGACACAUAUCUUGCUUGGUCGUUGAAGAGGAGUAAGGCGGUGAAUGGGUGUAAAACAGUGGUGGGUGUGAUAGGAAAAGGACACAUGAACGGUGUGAUCUAUGCGUUGGUAUCGGAUUCUGGUGAUCUCCGGUUUAGGGAUUUGGUGGGAAGAAGAAAUUCAUCUGAUGGUGGUACUACAUCGAACGGUUGGGUUCAAAUGGUUUUGAAGAGCCUCGCAAGAGAUACAAUUGUAGGGUUGUUGUUAUGGGAGUUGUAUGAUCAGUAUCUCAAGUUUGUGAUGAUGACCCAAAACGCUUCAUGAUUAAAAAAAUUAUAAUCUAAGACGUUGUAAAUCCAAAAAGUGUAUAAAGAAUCUUAAAAACGAGUACAGAUAUUUGAUGCUUU